AUGAACGAUCAAAAACAAUUGGUUCUUUUAUCCUAUCCAAUACCAUCGAAUGAAGAUUAUUUCGCUAAAAAAUUAAAAGAAGUGGCUCAUGCACGAAAUUGUUUUGGUGCAAUCUCUUCAGUUGCCCUCGGAAAUAUCGAAGCGUCAAGUAUCAUCCAAGUUGUUCUUGGGUCAAAAUAUGUUGCAUUCCUAUUUAAGGAUGGUAAUGUGGCUAGGUUAGGCUACAAUUUUGUUAAAUCGGAAAAAGAUACAAUUACUCAUCGUGAUGACAAGGCGCCAUCAAGUGGAGGUUCUGGUCAAAAUGGAGGAUCAGAGGCCACUGCGAUAAACUCUUUAUCAACUAAUCCUGCUUUAAAUCGUUCAGCGAAAAUUCGGCGUGUUAUGAUGGCAGCCAGACGUCCAGGAUCGUUAGGUGAACGUGCUGGAGUGAUUGUUGAUCGGACAAGAUCACUUAUUCCUUUGAGUGCCAUACCUGAAGAUCUCAUUGCUCAAGCUCAGGUUGUUUUGCAAGGAAAGCCUCGCGAUGUGAUUGUCCGAGAGUUACAAAGGACCAAUUUAAAUGUCAAUGAGGCUGUAAACAAUUUGCUCAGUCGAGAUGAUGAAGAAGGUGAAGAUAUGGAUGAGGGCUCAGAUGCAUAUUUACCAGAAGAAUUACUUUCAUUAUUGGAUGCUGGUUUAAGAGGCGACUCUCAAAAUAGUGGGAAUACUGCUGGUAGUGGUGGUAGUACUGCCGAAGAUAGUUUUUAUGGUACCGACUUUGACUAUCUUAUUGCAAGGGAUUUUGCUAGGAGGCGAACAGAAAAGGAAAAGAAAAAUGAGAAAAGUAAAGACGUCCCUCCAACCGAAACAAUUUCUAAACCAGUAAUGGACAUUAACUUACAAUAUUGGGCGAAAGAAAAGUUUAUAUUUCCUCCUGGUGUGACAAAAUUUAUGAAAAUCGCUUCAAUGUCAAGUGAACUUAUUGCGCUCGGUGAUAAUGGCUUUUUUUACGGAUGGUCGUGGAAUAAUGAUGGAAACGGUUCAUUAACUGUUCAUCCAUUAUGUAUAAAAUUACUUUCGGAUGCUUGCAAUGAUGAGAAGUUUAUUGAUAUCGUAGCAUGCGCUUAUCGUGCAAGUGUAGUAACUUCCAUGAAUCGAGUGGGAUCGUUUAUGGAUUGUGGCACUUGCGGCACGAAAAUAUCUGAAGCUUUAUUUUUGCCGUUAAAUUGUUUGCCUGAUAAUGAGAAGUACGCCUCAAUGUAUGUUUGCGCUUUGUAUGCGUUGAUUCGCACCCAGUCAAAGGCAUAUUACUGGUGGGGUGUAUUCCCAUUCAAUGAGCGACGCAAACUUUGGGAACGAAUGCGAUCACGCUCUCGACGCCAUGUUACCUUCGAUGUUUCGGAAAUCACAGAAGGAUGUGAAGUCCGAACUAAAUCGCAGCCGAUUUAUUGUACUGGAUCGAUUGCUGUUAACUUUAGCUCUGGAACUCCUAUGGUAGGCACUCUUAUGGAAUCAGCUUGGACUUUAUCUGAAUUAUGUCGUUUCCAAGUACGAACUCCUUCUCAAUAUGAUGAGGAAAAAUUGAAUGUUGAAUAUCCAUCUUGUCAUUCUUCGUCUUCAUUAAAUGAUAAUAGAAAAAGGCCUUUCAAUGAAAACGAUGAAUCGCAUGUAAGAGAAACUGCAUGGGCUUUAAAUGAAGUUAUCUUUGUUCAUGAAGAAUAUUCACAGGAUAUUGGUAUUGUUAAAAUUGUAGAUGGUGCCUAUUGCGGUGUCAUUUUUCGACCUAUCGGAGUCACAUCUGAGGCAGAUAGUGACCAAAUUGAACUGCGAAAAAUUCGCUUAAUGCACAAAGAAGAUUUGGUUGUCGUAUCAGCAGCUAAUAAAUCGCGUUCUCCAGACAAUUUUCAGUCCAUUUUGUUAAAAAUACCUUUCCCUGUUUCAAUAUUAUCUCGAAAAAUUCAUGCUGUCGCAGUUGAUAAUAUCGGAUUCCUUGAGACACUUCACUUGGAAUUGCCUCCUGUUCAUAAAUUUGUUGUUGGAAUUCGACCAUUAGAUAAAAGUUCUGUGGUUGCGCAGACUGCUUCAAAUUCUUCUACUGGAUCAAAUCGAGUAGUAGCGAAUCGAUCUGCUGUGUUAUUCGCAAUUAUGGCUCCUUCACCUUUUUCUGUGCAACCAUCCAUUCCAUCUUUAAUUCAGACAGUGUUGUACUGUGAUGUAAAAGGAGUUGAAUUGAUUUUGGAUACUUUACAUAAUGAAUGCUGUGCUGAAUUAACUCGAUCAGAAAUUUUAAAUCGUAGCGAUGGUAAUCGGACAAUCCUUCAUACUGCAAUAAUGUUUGCUUCUCCUUCGACAAAUCGAGAUAAUGCGGAUGUUGGUAAUUUGUUUGCGGAAAUUAACAAAAAAAUUAUCGAUAGAGAUGUGAAAAAUGCAGAUGGAAACCACGAAAAUGAGAAACAUUGGCGUCAGAUGUUGAGAAAUCGUUCAGAUGCUAAUAAGGAGCAGUUGAUCAAAGAAUUGAUUCCAAAUGCGCCUUGUUCCAGAAUUGAUGUGGAAGAAGCUAUAAUGCCUAUAAUUGUCACACCAAUUACUGAUAUCAAACAGCGUCAACUUAAUGCAACAGAAAUUAUCAGAAUCAUUUGCACACAUCCUGCCAUCGCACCACACUUAAUGGAACUUCUCACGACUAGAGAUAUAAAUGGGCAUACUCCAUUUAUGUGUGCAGUUAAUGUUAGAGCUUAUACGGCAGCACACAUUAUUUGGAAUUGUAUCGAACGUCUUUCGCAAGGAAAUCCUUCUGAUAAUGUAUCUCUACGUAAUAGUGAUAACUUCUUUCAUUCAGCCAUAUUUCCACCGGGUUCUCGAGUUGAUGACUCUCCCUUAUUUGUUUUAUGUGCUAACGAUACGUGUAGUUUUACAUGGACUGGUGAUGAACAUAUCAAUCAAGAUAUAUUUGAAUGUAAAACAUGUGGCUUGGUGGGUUCAUUAUGUUGCUGUACAGAGUGUGCUUUCACUUGUCAUAGAAAUCAUGAUUGCCAUCUUAAAAGAACGUCUCCUACAGCCUAUUGUGAUUGUUGGGAAAGGUGUUCAUGUAAAGCCCUUGUUGCUGGUAAUACCGCAGAACGCGAAAAGUUAUUAGAAAUAUUGAUACGAGAAACUGAUCUUAUUCACGAAAUCAAUUCAAGAGGCGAGCACUUAUUGUUAUUUCUUGCACGGACCGUUGGGAGACAGUUAAUUGAACAAGAAGGUAGUCAACGGCGUUCGAACAAAGCGAAAACAUCAGCAUCUGAUCAAGUUCGAGAACAUGAUUUGGAACCACCCAAAUUUGCCAGAACUGCAUUCUCAAAACUUUUAUCAGAUUGGCGUUCGGUAAAAAGCCUAUUAAUGUAUGGAACCAGAGAAACACAAAACGACAAUGUUAUUUCUGAAGAGAUGUUUUAUUUAAAUCGUCAAAAUGGCACUUCACAGUUAGACAAAUUUGUGUUCGUAUUAAUUUCCAAAUGUACUGAAUCGCAUAUCGAUACCUUGUUGAAUACUUUGAUCGCAGAAUCUAAUCAAAGACAAUGGACAAGUGGAGAAAGAGAUGCACAGGUCGAUUUCAUUAUAGCGAGAUUUAUUCGUUCCGUGAUAAGGAUAUUCACAUUGGUAACUCUCUUAGCACCGGAUUAUGCUGGUGUGUCUUCUGGUUUUAUGAGUUCUUUAUCUAGUACAGAUUCUUCAUAUAGGCGUUCUUUUGAAAGCGGAUUUCAUACUUUUAGUGUCUCUAAUCUUCAUUCAUUGCCUAGAAUUGGUAGAAUUCCUGCUUCCCGCGAAGGAAAAGCAGCAAGAGAUGCAAGGAGAAAUAAGUGUAAUGUCACAACGGUUGUGCACAAAUGUCGACGUAUUUUUUUCACGAUGAUUGCUUAUUCAAUUAGUGAGUUGUGUAAUGCUGCUGAUUCAUUAAUUGCUCCUGUACGUCUUGGUGUUGUUCAUCCUAGUACCAUUGUGCAAUUAACAAACCAUUCAACGGAUUGUCUUGAGGCUAUUGAACUUUAUUUGGCAUCAGAAGUUGAUCUCUCAUCAGUUUCUAUAAAAAAUAGUGAUUCUACAAGGAUAAAAUCGAAACGAUACUCCCGAGGAAAUCGACGUUCCGCACGAAACGAGAAUUAUCGAACAAACAACAGUGCGCUGAAUUCUUUGACGAGAAUUACAAACAGUGAUAACUCGAGUGAAUCUAAUGAUGAUGAAAGAGCUGCAGCAAAUUUUGAUGACGAGGAGUUAUAUAGUGCAUCUGGUGAUGGUGAAGAUUCUGUUUAUUCAGUUGCAACUCCGUCGGAGAUUGAUGUAGGUGAAGUUUCGGCUGAAGAUGAUAAUUAUGGAGAUAAUUUCGAUCUGCUUGAGGAUGAUGCUAGGACUGGCGUUGAAUUUAAUCGCGAUACUAAUCAUGGUAACGAUGGUGGGAGUCGUCUGUAUGAGCGAGGUGAUGAAGGUUAUGAGAUGGAUGAUGGAAGUUACGAAAGAAAUGAUGAGCGCGAUGAAGGAGAGAUGAAUGAGAAUCAAGAAGGAGAUGGUGAGGAAGAUGAUGAACGAGAUGAUGACGGGAGCGAAAGCACUUUUAGUGAAAGCAAUCGCGAAACAGAAGAAGCAUCUUCGAAUCAGGCUGUUCACAAUGAAAGAAUUGAUGAGCGUCAAGAAGACGAAUCUCAGCGUCGAGUUUCCCGUUCUGAUGUGUCAAACAAUGAGGAAAAUUCGAAUGAACCGCACAGGAGAGAAGAUUUGGCUUCCACUAAUCAAAGUUUUCAUCGUGCUAGCGAUAAUUCUUCUUCGCCAACAAGAGCACAUGUUGGACGUGUCGUUGUAGACAGAUCUGCUUCAACUGAAGAAAUUAAUUCAUCUAAUAACAAUGGUUCAGCGAGGACGAGUGGAGUUACAAGUGGCCGUAAUAACUCUAUACCUUUGUCAUGGGCAAUUCGUCGAAUAUCAUCGAAUAGAUACAACCGUCAGCGGCAUCAGAAUAAUCGUGAAGAUGAUAGUGAGACUUAUAUUGUGGAUGUACGGCCCACAUUACGUUCUAAUGCGAAUUCGCUGCAGAAUGGUGCCAGUAUUGAAGAAGAUUCUCACUGCUCUGUAACUAAAACGUCUCAGCAGCUUUCAAUGUGCUUUUCAAUCUUGAUAAAGUCUAUCGUUGAACUUUUACCCAUAUUAGUAGAUUUUCGUGAUUAUAGUAAAAGUUCCUAUAUGCAUAUUCCAAAAAUGUUGGAGCUAAAUGAUUCAGUUGUCCUCGCAAUUCGACAACUGGUAGAAGAACGUUUGGCAUCAACUUGGCAGUGGUUGGCUACAGUUUUAGAUAAAACCGAGGCUAAAUUACGUUUUGGAAAUGCUUUAAUAUCUACACCUGCCGGUUUAUUUAUCAGUAAUCGCAGCUCGAAACCCUUCUCUCAGAAAAGUAGUGGCAAAAGCACUAGAUCUGGAAAUAUGGCUCUCGAAAUAGAUUUGCUCAAAAAACGUGGCCGGUCAGAUUCUGUUGCACAGAAUAACCAAACAUCUCGAAACGAAUUUAGAUUUCUGCCUGAUUCAACUAGUGCUCGUGAUUCAAACAACGGUCGUGAUAAAGCGCCAGAUGACAAAAAUGAUACUGUUGCAUCUCGAAAUGAUUUCAUUAACUACUUUCUUUCGCUUAUGCGUUCGCAUUCUUCCGAGAAUGGUGAUGAUUUACCAGUAAUCGAAUUUGGUACACUGAAAUCGCUGAUUUAUGUAGCAGAUGCAUAUUUACUUUUCAUUGAUAUGCUUGAAAAAAUUGAUUCGCAAAUUGCUGCUAACCAGGAAAUAACUAAAGAUGCUGCUACAUGUGAUAAACAAAUAAUUGAUAUGUUUCAAAAGGAUGAAUUGGAAGUGGAAAGUACCAAUUGGACUUGUAUUGCUGCGAAAAAUAUGUUCUUUAAGCGGUCCAGUUCUUUAUUGUAUCCUGGCAUCACAGAUAUAUCCAGCCGUCACGCAUUUGAACAUAAAUGUUCUGAAUCACUUGCAUUGGCAGAGAGACCACAUUUGCUUAAGCCUGGAGUAGAGAAGGAAGAAAUGUUUGGUUUACCUGUCAGGCCAAGAUCUUUCGCUGAACAUGAAAAAAAUGCUCGAGAACAUGGGAUUGAAAAUGUCACUCAUCAAGGAUUUGCAGAACCUUGGUCCCAUUUUAUGCAAUUAUCGUCUCUUGUUGUUUCCGAUGGAACAAAUAUUAAUCAAAUGCAGGGUAGGCCGAAUGUGAUUGUUCAUUCCAAAAAUUUGCCUUGUAUUUCGCCAGUAAGAGAAAAAUUGGAAUCUCCGCAGUCAUCUAGUGAUAAAUUGCCACCUAGAGGUUUCACACCUAUUCGAGCUUAUCAUCAACAGUUACUGGUAACAUGCGGCGAUGAAAUAGGUAGUUCAUUAUUACUGUCAGAAAUGGCUGGAUUUUCAGUUCGUGAAGAGCAGUUCCGGAAAAAAAUGGAAAGGUUUCGAAAUGCCGUGUCGAGGGAUUUAGUGUUUGAGGUUGAACGUGAUAAAGAAAAAUUAAUCGCUCAGACAUUUCAUCAACUAAAUGAGCAAUACAAACGUAGAACAGCGGGUACAGCAUCUAGCACGCCGCAUGCUGUUGGAACUAGUGAUGGCAAUUCUCAAUCAUCUGUCACUCGUGUACUUUUCGGACGGGUGCAAAGUGCAAUAAGUUCUGCUGCUCCAGUUUUCUCUGAUAAUUCCAUCAAUGCUCCUCCUUUGGCUUGUUAUAAGGUUAAAGUGACAUUCAAAGACGAACCUGGUGAAGGCAGUGGUGUUGCACGUAGUUUUUAUACAGCAAUAGCGGAUGCUUUUCUUACUAUGCAGUCUUUGCCCAGUGAAACAUAUGUAGCUACGGCUUUUGGUCCUUCUCCUGAUACUAAUUCUUCAGGUUCGCGAUUGCGUGAAAGAAAUGCUUUUAGAGAAAGAAGUACAAUACUUUUUGGAAAUAUAAGCUUUCCCGGGCGUCGACGGAACUUACGGAGGCAAAUCCGACCCGUACUAUCUGUAAAUUCUCAGCCAUAUUUUUCCGUGCAACAACCACAUUUAAACCAACCGCAAAAUAGUGGUAAUACUAGUGGAAAUUCAACCUCAUCAAAUGUGGAUAGGCUUGCUCCUAUGCCUCAUUGGGAGCCUGAACGAGAAGCUCUUGGAGAACGUCUUUUGGUUAAGGUCCAAGCCAUGAAACCGUUGUUGUGCAACAAGAUAACAGGUAUGAUACUCGAUUUGACAGCACAUCAAGUUGUUGCUUUACUUGCCCGCGAAGAAUUAUUACGAAGUCACGUUGAAGAAGCUGCAGAAAUGUUAGCAGCGGCAGGUUUCACUACUAAUGAAGUGCGAGAUGAUACAAUGCAGGAGCAGGUUGAUGCUGUUAAAGUCGGCACAGCAAUUUUGAAAGCAGCUAGUUUACCCAAUCUUCAAACAUCUCCCAGUCGUUUUGCUUCGGGUGAUGAUCUUGCUCCUCUGUUUUAUCGACCUAGUCGAAAUGGUUAUUAUACUCCUAUCGCUGGCAAAAAUUCCACACAUAGGCUUCGUGCUUUCAGAAAUGUUGGCAGGAUAAUUGGUGUCUGCCUAUUUCAAAUGGAACUUUUCCCAUUGCAUGUUUGUCGCCAUGUUCUUAAAUUUAUUCUUGGUCGCCCCAUAAAUUGGUUUGAUCUUGCAUUUUAUGAUCCUGAACUUUUUGAAUCAUUGCGUAUGCUAGUAUUCAACGACGGCUCUAUGCAGGCACAACAAGUCAGCGAUCUCGGUCUUACUUUUUCUGUCAAUCUACCUGCUGAAGAGGGUGGUGGUACGAUCGAAUUGAAACCUGGUGGAUCAGAUAUAGAAGUAACUCAUGAGAAUGUUAUAGAAUAUAUAUAUUUGUUUGUAGAAGCUCGUAUGCUUGGCAGUCAUUUGAAAUGUCUUGAGGCAAUUAAACAAGGUGUUUAUGAUGUAGUGCCAGCUGGCGCUUUGGCAAACAUUACUGCUGAGGAUUUGCGACUUUUAUUAUGCGGAACAUUUGAGAUAACAGUAUCUGUGAUGCAAACUUAUACAACGUUUACUGAUGAAAGCUCUUCAAAGCCUGAAAUAUUGCAAAAGUUUAAAGAUUGGUUUUGGUCAAUAUGCAGAAAAAUGAACAAUCAAGAAAAACAGGAUCUUCUUUUCUUCUGGACUGGUUCAAAAUCUUUGCCACCGAGUGAAGAAGCAUUCCAACCUUUGCCAAACGUUCUUAUUCGACCAGCUGAUGACCAGCAUUUGCCUACUGCUAAUACUUGUAUUUCGAGGCUUUAUCUUCCUCUGUAUUCAAGAAAAAGAAUUCUUAAAACGAAGCUUUUGAUGGCAAUCAAAACGACAAAUUUCGGUUUUGUUUAA